AUGUCAAGUGGAGAACAACCCGCUCAACAAGUUUUGUUAGCGACAGCAUUGGUAGAGGUGCCUUCGCGAACGGGACAAUUGCACGUCUUUCGGGCUCUGAUUGAUCAGGGCUCGGAGGCCUCAUUCGUGACAGCGCGAGUGGUCGAGUUAUUAGGUCUGAAGAGGACUCAAAUCAGCGGCGUGGUGUCAGGAAUUGGUGAAGGUAAUAAAGUUUAUAUUAAUCAUUUAGUAGGAUUACAUAUUAAGUCGAGGCAUGAAAGUGAUUUUUCUAUUGAUGUUAAUGCUUAUGUUAUGAAAUCGUUGACUCGUCGACUACCUGCUAGGGAAAUAAGAGGGUACGAUUGGCCUCAACUUAAAAAUGUGAAGUUAGCUGAUCCCAGCUUUAACGUCCCGGGUCGGAUUGAUAUUCUACUCGGAGCUGACGUUUUUGGGAAAAUUAUAGAUUUAGGUCUGCUAAAGGGACCGGGCGAUGUAAUCACUCAACGCACACACAUAGGCUGGAUAUUGACAGGUGAUAUAUACACAACUCCUACUAAAGCACAAAAAAUUAUUAGCUUACAUGUCACCAGGCUAGAUGAAGACAACAAUCUAUUGAAAAAAUUCUGGGAAAUAGAAUCGGAAAAAUACACGAGUAAGAAAGCAUGGACAAAGGAAGAAGAAAGAUGUGAAAGACACUACAUAGAUACAACGACAAGGGAUACAUCGGGAAGGUUUGUAGUCCAUUUACCUUUAAAGCAUAGUAUUAAGGAAACAGUGAAGGCAUGCGGCGAGACUAAAUACCUGGCCAUCAAACGAUUUAAACAGUUGGAAAGGAUGUUUAUCAAGCAUGAAGAUUUGAGAACAGAGUAUAGGAAUGUGAUACAUGAGUACUUAAAGAUGAGUCAUAUGAAGAAAGCUGAAAAAGGAGAGGAAGAUGAAGCAAUUUACUUACCUCAUCAUGCUGUCGUAAGAAAGGAUAAAGACACUACAAAGGUAAGAGUUGUUUUCGACGCUUCAGCCAAGGGUUCCAAUGGCCUCUCCUUAAACGACGCCAUGAUGAUUGGCCCCACUUUACAACCUGAUCUUCGUGCUCUUAUCACUCGCUGGAGGUCUCACAAAAUAUGUGUUGUCGGCGAUAUAAUCAAAAUGUAUCGUCAAGUAAGGAUGACUAGCAAACACACAAAUUUACAACGUAUUGUUUGGCAAGAUGAUAUUUAUGGAAACAUAGAAAGUUAUAAAUUACUUACCGUAACGUUUGGAACCGCUGCAGCACCAUACCUUGCUGUACGGUCUAUACACCAGCUGGCUGAUGAUGAAGGUGACAGGUACCCUCGAGGAUCUGCUGUCGUUAAGAAUUCGUUCUACAUGGACGAGUUAAUGACCGGGCAUGAAGAUCUGUCGGAAAUAAAACAAAUUUGCGAUGAAGUUAAGAAUCUGUUAAAAAAAGGUGGCUUUCAAAUGCAGAAGUGGUCUAGCAAUUCUGAUGAGUUGCUGCGGUUUCUUCAAGAUGACAAAGACAUUUCGGAAACUAUGGACAGCAUAGAAAUAAAAUUAGAUACGGUGAUAAAAAUACUUGGUCUUACAUGGGACAGAAAAAGGGAUAUGUUCAAGGUUACAGUCAACUUACCGAAAACCAGGAAACCUGUAACAAAACGGUUAAUAUUAUCAGAUGUGGCCAGGCUUUUUGAUCCAUUUGGCUGGCUCUCUCCAGUGAUUAUCACUGCUAAGAUUAUGAUACAGAGACUGUGGUUAAGUAAUCUUGGCUGGGAUGAUGAACUACCUUCUGAGCUAGUAGAGGAAUGGCUUAGUUACAGAGAGGCACUUCAAGAGCUGCAAGGCAUUGAAAUCCCACGCUGGAUUAAAACGACGUCACGUUGUAAAGAAGUGCAAUUGCAUGGAUUCGCAGAUGCUUCUUCCGUUGCGUACGCAGCAGUGGUCUAUAUCAAGGUUUUAGAUGAAGAUGAUAGGGUCCACGUCACAAUGGUGGCAUCCAAAACCAAGGUGGCACCAUUGAAACAAUUGACGAUUCCGAAAUUAGAACUUUGCGCUGCGGUGUUAUUGGCUAUGCUAUUGCACGACUUAUCUGGCCUAUGUGAUAUACAUAUGGAUCAAAUAUAUGCCUGGACUGAUUCAAUGGUGGUUCUGUCUUGGUUACAGUCUCAACCAAGUCUAUGGCAAGUGUUUGUUGGCAAUAGAGUGUCGGACAUAAUUCAGUUGAUAGACAAUGAGAGGUGGUAUCAUGUUCAAUCAACCGACAAUCCCGCUGACCUCGCGUCUAGAGGGUUGGCGCCAAUUGAAAUGGCAAACAACAAUGACAUGUGGUGGACGGGACCAGAGUGGUUAAAAAAUAAAGGAAUGGAUUUACCAAAGCAUUAUAUUCCUCAAACAUAUUUAGAGAUAAAAAGAUCGUUUAAUGUAGUUUUAAAGGAAAAACCAGUUUGGGAAAGAUUUUCAUCUAUGUUACGAAUGAAAAGAGUUCUUGCAUGGUGUUUACGAUUUCUACAUAAUAAAAAUAAAAAUGAAAAGUAUUUAACUACGGAAUAA